GUCUAAAGGUUGUUCCUAUGGAUUUACCUUGGGCAAGUUUUAACAGUAGGCGGAGUUUGAGUAAUCGGAAGGUUAAAACUGAAACAGUUGUGACUGGCAUUCUACCAUUAGCACAACAGGAUUUGUUACGGUGUAGCUGGAAGAUAAAGGAAAUAACUGGUACCAGGUGACCGGUUGUGCUCUGUAUUGUAAAAAUAAAAUAACAGGCCAUACAAAAAGAAAAAAUGAAGAAUAGAUCUAUGGUCACGCUGUUGUGUCUCGGUUGGAGUUUUCAUGUUGCUCUUUUGGAGGACCUCAUGAUGUUGGAGGACCUGGAUGGAUCUGGCAAUGAUCUAGAACAUUCAGGCUCAGGGGAUUGGGAGAUGAUCAUCUCUUUCUCUCCACCCAACAUUAUGGACCAUCAGAACUCCCAGGACCAGAUAAUUUCUGUCAGUUCAUCCGGCAGAGGACGAGUUACCAAAUCCUCAGGGGUGGGGACCACGCCCUUUCAUGCAAAGGCCCUAUCACAAGGCCCUCACUCCGUUACCAGCAUUGUAGUGGAUGUGGAGCCAGACAUUGUGGAAUAUCAGGUGACCCCCAAGCCUCCAGCUGAGGAGGAGACAUGGCUCCCUGCAAUUACCCUUCAGACUAUAUCCCACACCAAUGAAACUGGCAUCCGUGACUCUUUUGAAGAGGAUAUGGAGUCUGGUGUUGGUGCAAUUGAGAUGUCCGCCUCUUCACCUCUCACAACAGAGACAGAGAGGAGGGCUGAGUCUGUGUUCAUCAUCAUUGAGGAAGACAAUAUCAUCCCAAAUGGCAGGACCAAUGAUGCAGAGAAUGAGAUACCUGAUGAUUCUGACCUAACCUUUGACCUGAAGUCAGAAUCAAUGGACUCGUCUGUAGGAAAAAGCCAGGGUCUUCUGGAGAGGACAGAAGUUCUUGCAGGUGUUGUUGGAGGAGGCGUGGUGGGGCUGGUCCUGGCUGUGGCACUGGUGUCACUAAUGGUCUACAGGAUGAAGAAGAAGGAUGAGGGGAAUUAUGGACUGGAAGCACAGCAGAACUCCUACAAAGGAUACCAGAAAGCUCAGAUGCAAGAGGAGAGUCUUGCAUGAACCACCACAUACAUGCUCAUGUACAUCAACAUGAACAAGAGAUGUUCCUUGUCUAUAUUCUCUACAUACAUAGACACACACACACAAACACACACACAUACGCCUCCCUUCACCCCUAAAAAAGAAAAGAAAGUAAAUAAAUGCAAUUCAACACUUUCUGGUUUUAUAUGGAAAUACAUCUAAUCCUAUUUUUUCGCGAAUAAACAUAAAAUGGAGUCCUGGCAUAACUUGGAGCUUUGGUUUUGGUGGAUAGUUUGGAUUCUUGUGAGAGUGAAAGUGAAGUUACUCCCUUUUCCAACUCUUUUUCCACUUACCGGAUUUUUCAUUAUAAUUUUGCUGGGAUUUUUCAGAACACUGUAAGAGUUGAUAUAACACUGAACAUUUUGCUGUGCAUCUCUGUGAUAUGACAGCAACUUAUCUUUGAAGCAUUAGAUGCUAUUUAGGGAUCUGGGAUCUAAUUGACCAGUGUUGCUGUCAAAUGGAGGACUAACUAAAUCUCAUAGGUUUCUGAAAUAGUCUGAAUUAUGUUGAGGGGGUCAGUUUAAUCAAAACCACUGAAGACCCAGAAAGUAUGAUAAUGCCUUUAUGAAGCAGUGUAUUUCUUCAUAGUACCUUAGUAGUACCAUAGUACUAAUAUAAAUGCAGUCCAUUUACCAUUUACCUUAAUUGUCGCCAGUGCAUUGCUGUUUUCUGCUGUGCUGUGUCUAUAGGGAAAUCCUUUUAAACAUUAGCACCAUAAUUGGGCAUUCUAAGGGCCUACCUAGGUAUAUACAGCGCAGGACAAUCCAGAGCACCCAGGGUAAACAGUGCCUUCUUUAAUCCCCAAUGAGAUCUCAGUGGUCAAUGUAAUAGUAUCUGAGAGAUCUUUUUUUAAACAAACUGGAAUCUGUUCAGCCCUUUAUUUUAUUCUAUUUUUUUUAUUUAUUUAGAUACAGUGGUACAAUAAGUUAUGCCACUGUGUAGGGUGUACUAGGGAUUAUUUGAACUUUUAGAAAUAAUGUCAGAAAAUAACCUAAAAAAGCAACUUUCCCAUUUAAAAGAUCAACCAAAUAUGUAAGAAAACUAUUGUACCAGUAAUUCACCCAUUGGGUUUUGUGAUGAUGUAAAUAUUAUUGGUCUGUAUUAUACUUUUUUAUUAUUAUCCUGCCCAAAACCGUUUGCCCUUUAUUUUGUUAAUUAACAUAUGAAAUCUUGCCUUGCCUGUUAGUCAUGAUAUGACAUUUCUGACUGAAUUAUGAAUUAACCCACUUUUGUACUUUAAUUUAUGCUUAUAAAUAUUUUCCUUAUUCCUCCGUUUUAAUGGAUGCUUAAAAUCAGUUCAGAACAUUAUGAUGAGGCAUGUCACUUUCUGAGAUGCAAAUCUCUGCACUGUUGUUGGCUGGGUUGUUCAGAGGUCUAAUACUGAUUAGCCUAUAACGUUAAACACAAUCAAUCCA